AUGCCUAGUCAUAACGCUUACUGUACGGCUUGUUUUCACCAUCUUCAACCUGAUUUACCACAAUGGCGCUUCCCAAACUCGAAACUUCUAACCAGUCCGAAGUUGUAUUGCAAGAAGUAUAUCGGAUCGAUGAUACAACAGUACCAUUGGAAUGAGUGCAUGAUAUGCUGGAAGACUAAGGAUCUCGCAUUUUUUGAUUGCGGUAAGGCGAGAAAGAGGCAUUUGUCAACAGGAGCUGACAUGAUUAAGGCCAUGGUUCUUGUGCGACGUGCUGGGUUAAGUAUCGUUUCAUUGGAUACCCCUGAUCCUGUUCGGCAUGGCCAAACUCAUAGACGCAGUGGUUGUGAUCACGAGAUUUCACCUGGUGUCCUCAGCCCAGAUCAGAGCCAACUGGAUAGAAGCACAGCAAAUUCUUCCGAAUUCCUUACCCAUGAGUCUACCUCGACUCAAGUUCCUGGUCAAUUACACAGAGCGUCUACGACAAUCAUAAGGAAUCAAGAGUUCAUUGAUCUCACCCUGGUCGAUGACGACCCAUCAAGCAUGGGGUCUUUAACCAGGAAGGAAAGGAAACCUACCAACACCGAGUUUUCCACAUAUACCAAUCGAGGGGGUUUAUCACGACGGAAGAGAACGAGGCGAGUCCGAGGGACAGUCGCAGUUAAAGAUAUAAUAGUGAUAGAUUAG